CCCUUUUUAAGCUCUUUUUUUUUCGUUUCCCCACUCUUUUUGCUUCAAGGAGCUCAUCGACUCAUGCCUUCCACUGCCCAACGCUUACCCAUGUACCGUUCAUCCGGGGCAAGAAUGGGGCAUGUAAGAGGCACGCACCGACGUUGGAAGUUUCGUUACCUCUUCUUCAUCGUUGCGGGUUGUUGGUUACUUCGGCAAUGGAUCCGCUCCAUCGCCACCCUUUCGGAAGACACGGCGGCCCCCCCGCUUGACACGCAAUUCAAAGAACUCGCCAUAGCCCGAACUGCACGUAUCGAUUCGCCGACAGAUACCGUCAUUCCCAAGAUUGUCCAUUUUGUGUACGGUUUACGCGGUCCUGAACCGACCUUGGACUUGGUUCACUACCUCGCCAUCAAAUCAGCUCACGAUGUGCUGUCACCUGAAAAAAUCAUCUUUCACUACCAUUACAUGCCUGUUGGGGAGAUGUUUGAAAAGGCCAAAUCCAUGUUAACCUUGCGCCCCGUACCACUUGUAACCGAAGUGUUUGGUCAACCCGUCUCUCAUUACGCUCAUCAAGCCGAUGUUGUACGACUGACGGCCUUGCAACAAUUUGGCGGCAUCUACCUUGAUUUGGAUCUAAUAUCACUUCAACCCAUCGAUCACUUAUUACAGCAUGAAUUUGUCAUGGCACAAGAAGGCAUAGGUGGUUCAGUCGGACUUUGCAAUGCGAUGGUUAUGGCUCGACCUAACGCGCGAUUUUUGCAACGUUGGUAUGCCACCUAUCGUUCCUUUGACAGCUCUGAUUGGAACUAUCAUUCCGUGGUAUUACCAGGCAAAUUGGCUCCUCACUUUCCCAACGAAAUCACCGUUCUCAAUUACACUGCCUUCUUCUGGCCUCUAUGGGACGGUCCCGGUUUGCGCACGUUGUAUCUCGAGAAAUCCUAUGAUUUCGCCAACAAUUUCGGCACCCACAUUUGGGAAUCGGCCGCCAAUAAGCAUCUCAUGAAAGGCAUCACAGAGGACGAUAUUAUGAAUAUCGACAACAGUCUCUUUUGUCAAAUGCGACGAUUUUUACUAGACGGUCAACCCGAUCCACGCCCAGAUGCUUGUCGCAUCUUGCCUCACACUACCCGAUCAGAUCAGUUGGUGGGCCAUUGGCAAGCUCCGCCGAUAAAGGAGGGUGAAGCGAACUUCCUCCCUCUGGAGGAUGAUUCGGGAAAUAAUGUCAACGGGAUUGCACGCCAUGUCACUCAUCAUUGCCCGGACAAGGCCAAGCGCGCCGUUCACGUCAAUGGAGAAGACAGUUACCUGUUUUUAUCCGUGCCCACCGAAACCUCCAUUGAUAGGUUCACAGUGAGUUGGUGGAUGCAGACAUCGAGCGACAAGCACGGCGGCACCGCCAUGGUGAUCCAAACCGAGCAUGCAAAACUUUAUGUACGCACCGAAAAACUGGACAACGCAUUGGCACACAAUGGAACGGUUCCCAUAUCGCUUGGACUUUCCACUUUGAUACGAGACGACUGGAUUUGGAGAACACAAGAAAACGAUCAAGUCCAGGCCUCCCCUUUCCCUAUCAAUAUGGACCUUCGGUUCCAUCAUUACACUCUGGUCAUUGAUCACUUCAACCGAUCGACGCCUCCCAUUAUCUUGUACAUGGACGGUCACGUUAUUGCAAGCAAUAAUCGUUGGGAGUGGCCGCCUGAAGCUGGUUCCAUCGUUCACGGAGUCUGGUUCGGUUCUUCAGAACCAGAAAAGAGCAACUAUCAAGAUCCAUGGGACACCGAUCUCAGUUUAGAAGCAUGCUAUGACGAUAUUCGUAUCUGGGAAAGAAGUUUGUCCCUCGAUGAAAUCCAAAAACUGGCCCAAGAGCGUCCUGUCGAGUCUAUUGUCGAUACAUCCUCAUCACUAUCAUCCUCAUAAACCUCGAUCGUUCGACCCCUCCGCCACGGUGCUAUGGCGAUCAUAAACCAAAAUCAUCUCACUCCGUCCUUCUCCCCUUCAAUAUCCUCCACCUUAAUAAUGUUCUUAAAACGGUCUUUUACUAUA